AUGGGACGCAAUUUACGCAAUCUACGCCAUCUCCUCCUCCCCCUGCUCGCCUCUUAUUAUAUGGCACCCGUUCACGCCCUUUUCACAAAAACAACAUGCUGGGCUGGUGGGAACACCGCUUGCAUCCAACAGAAUGCAGCUGGUGCUUGGUGCUAUAUUCCUAACGUUUCUGAUGGACAAGUAGGGACGUCUUGCACAGGAACUAGGACUUUCAGCGGUGCAGACUUUGCCACCGUGCUAGAGGCUCACCUCGCUCAGGGUCUAUCCGUCGCCUACUACAACGGCAUUGAUAACUCUUUACUCGGUGGGGCUAAUUAUUCUAUCCCUUCCACUCCAGGUGUUAUUCGUCUCUGUGCGUCCGGUCAAGCUGGAGAUGGGAGUCACCAAACCCUGUGCGCGAACGCUUUGGCUGAUAAUACUUUUGGUGGAGGUCCGUAUUGUAAUGUUAUGAGCGGCCAGAGGAAUGUUACGGAUGGGUGUUAUUCGUCAAACGUGGUUGUUCACAGUCCAUCUUCCAUCAUUUCUUCCCCUGGUUCGGUGUCGACCUCAUCCUCGGGGUCCCCCAAUUCCGGCUCAUCACAUACCCCUGCACAAGCCAACAGUGCCCAGUCGCUGAACUCGAUGCUUCAUAGUGUGUUGCUGCUUUGUCUUCCAGUGAUUUUGGCCUCUUCCAGGCUGAGGGUGUUUGGUCUGCUCACGUCAUUCGUCGUCGCGUCUUCUUGGCUCCCUUCAACUCAUGCUCGUUUCACUCAGACGACACGCUGGGGAGACCAAUACAUUCAACAAAACUCCGUUGGUACAUGGCGCUACGUACCCAAUAUUGCACCACUCCGAAUUCCGCAAACGACAGCAGCUUCAUUGAAGGAGCCAACUUUUCUUUACCCCCGAAUCCAGGGAUCAUGCGUAUGUGUGUCGGGUCAGGCGGAGAACUGUGACGGACGUCACUAA